AUGGGUCGAUUGGAUGAUGCCGCAAAGCACAAAGUGGUGGAGCUGCGAAAAGCUGGUCUUAGUUUCCGUAAGAUCAAAGCCGUGCUGGAGCUGGAGAACAUCAAAGUUUCAGCUCAGGCCAUCUACCUGUACCUGAGAGAGCUCCAGGGCAGGCCACCAGGGAGGGUCAGACCUGUGGAAGCUGGGGCAAACACGUUAGCCGCACAGGUGCCCCCUCGGACUGGGGCGUCGAGAGAAAGCUGGAGCAAUAUUCAUAUCCAAAACCUGUUGCGAGAGGCAUCUCAAAAUGCUGGUUUUGCAGCUGCAGACUUUGCCAAACAGACUCCAAAUUCAGAGGCUAGUGCAAACUCAUCCGGGUCUGGGGAGGCCUGUGGAGGCAGCAGACCGGAGCCGCAACGUGACGGAAAUAAGGAAGAAAACGACAUACAGAUUGUUAGUGUUACCUCCCUUGCACAGCAUGGCCAGCAAAGACUUCCUCAUUGUACAGCAACAAGGGCUGAAACAAGCUCGGCGUCUUCCACUUUAGCAGCUUCUGGAUCGUACAUGAAGAGGAGAGUCACUCUUUCUCCUGCAACCAGUUCAAUGUUGGCCGCUCGAAAAAGACUGUUGGAUAAAGCUUUGUCACACAGGACAAAGUCUUUCCACCAGGUGGCAUCAUUGUUGAGGCGAGAUCCCUCCAACGUGCAAAGUUCUGAUUUUAGGAGUGUUCUCACUCAGCCUCGUGAAACCUUCGACCUGACCACAGAGAAGACUGCUAUUGAGGGUCAGCCUGCAGGUGACUGCGCUCCCCGGCGCUUCCCAACACAGAGACCAGGACCGUGUGCUCGUUCCACUCACCCUCCGCCUCGUUUUGGGAUUCGUCUUCCCAACCGCCCAAUAGGAAAUUUGACCUCCUCUGCUCCUGGGGCUCCCAUUCUUCGCCUCCAGACUCCUAGUGGCUCGAGUUCCACUCGUAACGAGAGUAAUCCGAGCCCACAGCAGGCAGUCCAAGACACUGGAGGCAGAGGUGGUUUGCAGGACCAAAUCCAGACCCUGGGCUCUGAAGUACGCAGCCUGGGAUUGGCGGUGAAGAUGCUUAUUGAGCAGCAGUGCCGGCUAGAAAGGGAGCAUUCACAGCAGACGCAGAUUCAGAAGCAGAUCCUAAGCACUCUUCAAAUGCUGUCCUCCAGAAUGGUGCAUGGCAGAAGUGCUCAGCAGCAGCAGCAUAGCAAAACUCCAUCGCCCUCUUCAUUUGGCCUGGACACAUUCAGUUUUAAUCAAGGCUCCUACACUCAGUGCAGCCAGACUCAGCCAAGCUAUAACUCCAUGGAAAGUUCUGAAAACGUGGAGGCCUUUAAACUGCCGGGACUGCGCCCUACCAGCAUUAACGGCUUUCAACCGUGCAGCAGUGCAGACAGUCUUCCUCUCACUCACACUCCUCCUCAGACUCAGGCGUACGCAGGCGGGUACCCACAGCAGAGCAGUCAGACACUAAUAACACCUUACACACAGUCCUACGUCUCUACGUUCACACAGUCGCAUCAGCAGUCUUUCAGAACACCAGAGAGUAAAAGCUCAGAUUUCUCAAGCAGCUGUUCGUCCAGCUCUUUCCAGGACUGCAGCGUUUCCACCCAACAGGAUCAGCAGAUCAACACGAUUAAAGUGGAAGGACCUUAA